AUGAUUAGGCUUAGUAUUACACUUCUAAUUCAUGUUUUGAUCACUGCAACUUUCUUAGAAGUGGCUAGUAAAAGAGAAACCGAUCCUUGUUGGGCUUAUGGGACAAAGAUUGAAGGAAAUAGCCAAUGGGUGCAAUGUAAUUUCUGUUCUUUUGUGUCAAGAGGGGGGAUUACAAGGCACAAGCACCACCUUGUUGGUGACACCGCUCAAGUAGCAAAGUGUUCAAGAGUCCAAGCUGAGGUAAAGGCUUUCUUUAAAGAAGAUUUUGAUAAGAAGAAACAAGCAAAAGAGGCAAUGAAUAGCAUACCACACUUUGAUAAUGUUUUCGAUCUAGAUGAAGAAGUAGAUGAAGACAAAUUGAACACUUAA